UCCUCGGCGAGCGGCCCAGGAAGUGUCCGGCGAGGGGGCGCUGCUAGGCCUGGCUCCGGCCGCAGUGAAAGGACUAUGGCAUCAGAGCAAACCAAGGAUGUUCCUGAGAAAUCCACUGCAGGCCAGCUGGCCCCACGAGAAUCAGAUCCAUACAAAGAACUCGACAAUUUGCCUGUGAGCAUAAGUGACCUUUCUAUACAAGAAAAUGAGAGUGAUCCCCUAUCAUUGGAAGCUGCCGAUCAUAGCCAACCAAUAACAAGUGAGAGUACAGGAGAUGCUCAUUCAGGAGGAGCAGAAAGAGAUCCUGGGAUAUUGCCGACCGAUGCAUCACUGCUGGCUGCAGAAAACAAAGGAGAAGAACCUAUGCCCAGAGCAGUAGGACACUCUGGUGCUGUUUCCAGAGAGACGCAGGCGUGUUCCUCAAAUGAAGAGCUGUAUCAAUCUGAUUCAGAGGGUUCAGACAGUGCGGUGGAAGAAGAGAGAACCUUGCUGCAUGGGGAAAAUCUGCAAACAGUUUCUCUGCACUUCCAGGUUGAUGUCCAUGCAGAACAGCAACAUGCUACCAAUAAUUGCUCUGAAGGUGAACUGGAAGCGUCACACUUGCAUCAGGCCAGAGGGGAUGGGGGUCUGGAGCUGGAUAGUAAACGCCUGGAGGUGCCACCAAAUGGGGAGAAUGGGAUUGAAAACAGCAGAGUUGCGCAGGACUCAGAUCAGGAAGCUUCAUCCCAGAAGCCCUCUCAGAACAUUGCAGUGCAGACUGACUUCAAGACUGCUGAUCUGGAGGUGAACACAGAUCAAGAUAUUGAAAAGAACUUGGGCAAAAUGAUGUCUGAAAGGGCCUUGUUGAAGGAACGUUACCAGGAAGUGCUAGACAAACAGAGGCAGGUGGAGAAUCAACUCCAGGUGCAGCUCAAGCAGCUCCAGCAACGAAGGGAAGAAGAGAUGAAGAAUCACCAGGAGAUCCUGAAGGCCAUUCAGGAUGUGACGAUCAAACGAGAAGAGACCAAGAAGAAGAUGGAGAAAGAGAAGAAAGAAUUCUUGCAAAAGGAGCAGGAUCUGAAAGCCGAAAUUGAGAAGCUCUGCCAGAAAGGCAGAAGGUUACUGAAAGAACAGGAGGAGAAGGAAAAUAAAAUUGUUUCUCUAAUCGCAGAGCAGUCUGAUGAAAAGGAGGUUUGGGAGAUGGAACUAGAUAAGCUGAAGAACCAGCACAAUGAGAUCAAUAGGAACAUCCUGGAGGAAACAGAAAGGGCUUGGAAAGCAGAGAUAUUGUCCUUGGAGAGCCGGAAGGAGCUGCUGGUUCUGAAACUAGAAGAAGCCGAAAAAGAGGCGGAGCUACACCUCACCUACCUCAAGUCAGCGCCACCCACGCUGGAGACCGUACGACCCAAGCAGGAGUGGGAAAUGAGGCUGAACAGGAUACGAAUGACCAAAGAAAGUGUCCGGGACCAGUUCAAUGGUCACAUCCAGCUGGUGAGGAAUGGAGCAAAGCUGAGCAGCCUGCCACAGAUCCCAACCCCCACCCUGCCCCCCCCCCCGUCAGAGACAGAGUUCAUGAUGCCAGCAUUUCAGCCCAAUCCAUCCCUUACCCCCAGGCUCCCGUUCCCCAUUGGGCCGGUCCCAGUUCCCAUGCUCAUGCCCAGUGCUGAUCCUCGGGCGCUCUCCUUCCCGCUCCUGAACCCUGUCAUCUCCAGGCCUAAUCAGCCCUCACCCCCUCUGCCUGCUUCCCAAGGGAGGAACAGCCCUGUAUUGGCAUCUCUUGUCAGCACCCACGGCCCUCACAUGACAUCUGCUGCCUCUAUCCCGCCUCCGCCAGGGCUCGGAGGAGUCAAGGGUGCUCAUGAGUUUCACAGGCCACAGCCGGUCGAUAAGCUGGAAAAGAUCCUGGAGAAGCUCUUGGCUCGAUUUCCCCAGUGUAACAAGGCCCAGCUGACGAACAUACUGCAGCAGAUCAAGACAGCGAGGAGAACCAUGGCAGGGCUGACCAUGGAAGAGCUGAAUCAGCUGGUAGCAGCGAAGCUGGCCGAGCAUCAGGGCGCUGCAGUGGGCGCUCAGGCCCCUGCUACCUGUAAGCUGUGUCUAAUGUGCCAGAAACUCGUGCAGCCCAGCGAGCUCCACCCGAUGGCCUGUUCUCACGUGCUCCACAAGGAGUGCAUCAAAUUCUGGGCCCAAACCAACACAAAUGACACUUGCCCCUUUUGUCCAAGUCCUAAAUGACAGCCACUCAAACAACGCAUCUGUGUUGGAGACGUCGCUGUGAAUAGGCAGGAUCGGUUCUGAGAUUUCUACAGUUCUAUAUUUAUACAACCAUGUAUACACAUGUACAUUUUUAUUAUAUAGGUAAUGUGUGUAUAGAAAGUCUGUAUACAUACGAAUUCAUAAAUAAAAGUAUGUAUAUUAUGC